AUGAGCUCCUACUUUGGCGAAUAUGGCGUCUACUCCGUCGCCGCCCUUGUUCUCGCGGGGCUCUGGGUCAAGCCGCUGGGUAUCUUGUGGCUCAUCAGUCUAUGUCUAGCGCGCAGAAAGGGUGAUCCAGCUCGAGUAGGUGUCACUUGGAUUAAAGUGGUGUAUCCAUUCUGGAUUAUAGCAUCGAUUGGUUAUGUUGUCGUAUUCGGGUUGAGGAUCUGGUACUACAUUUACCUCGACAACGACACGUUUACCUCGAAUUACAUCUACUACGUCCGGCAAGCUGAGGACCACAUAGCCGUGACGGCCGAGUUAUUCACUGGUCUCGCCGACAUCUUCCUGUUUAUAUCCUUCGUCGAACUCUCAAACGGCUUUCUGCUCUGUUUGAGCAACGGUGCCCAAUUCAUGCCAAGGCGCAAACAACUCCGCUACGUUAUCCUGGGAUGGGGGUUUGUUCUUUUUGCCCUGGUACUUUCAACCUUUGCAUUGGGUCAUUCAGUCACCGCACGGAGUUACGACAUGCAAAGAUCCUCAAGAUCAAACGUGAACGAAGCACAGUUGCUGCUGGACCUGCUGCACGGUAUCCGCCUGGACGGCGCCUGUCGCAUCCUCUUCUGGAUCACAUCCUUAGGAAUGGUUGCCCUUGCCUCGCAGGCCGUUCACAAACUCAGGGAAAACCCAGCCCUCCGCAAAACCGCCGUCCUGCUCCUUGUAGCCACCAUUCUCGACUCCGUUCGUCUCCUUGUUCGCAUGGCUAUCUAUGCCCACAACACGCUUCAGAAUCCCGAGCGCUAUAUUUUCCGCGGCAGCAUGGCCCCUAUAGAAGCCCUUUUGAUCGUCGAUCCCCUUUUCAACUAUCUGUUCAUGUUUAUCCUACUCGUGCUGCUCUUCACCCUCGGCGCGCGCAAGCAGGGGGGCCUCUGGUCGCAGGCGCAGCAAGGGUGGGGGAUGCCCACGGGCUUCGUCACCACCGCUCCGGCCUCAGGACCGCCCAUGGUUCCCAUCACGAGCUCGAGCAACGGUCUGCCCGCCUACCUGGCUGUCGCCCAGCAGAAGCAGCAGCAGGAUAUGGCAUGGCAACAGCAGCAACACCAGCAGCAGGAUAUGGCGUGGCAACAGCAACAGCAGUACCGGCAGCAGCAGCAGCAGCAGCAGUACCCUCAAAAUCAGCAGCAGCAGUACCCUCAGGGGCAAUACUAUUACCCGCCCCAACAACAACAGCAGUUUUCCAACCCUGAGUCGGGAAUGGUGGCGAAUGGCUUCCAGGCGCCCAGCCCCCCGGUCGAGGGAUAUGGGCAGAAAUAG